AUGGCUGACGCGGGUCUCGUCCAAGCCAGCUUGAUCUGGAUCGCAUACGCCAUAGUCGUGGUCCUCUGCUUCCUUGCAGCCACCAUCACAACCUUUACAUGGCAGGCACCGCGCGACCGCUCCGCCGUUGUCAGCAUCGUCUCCAUCAUCACCCUCACGUCGUUGCUCGCCACCAUUCUCCUGCUACCCGUCGACAUCGCCCUCGUCUCUGCCACCGGCUCCGUCUCCCAGGGCGCCAAGAAGGACUGGGCCACUCCCGAGAGGGUCCAAAACAUACUGCUUACUCUCAAAAUUGUCUAUUACUGCUUAUACAGCGCCGACGCGUUGCUGUGCCUGGUCGUCAUUCCCUUUGCCUACUUUUGGUACGAGGAGUAUGACGAGAUCGAGUUUGAGGAGCAAGGGAGGACAUGGCGCAGCCGACUCUGGGCCGCCACCAAGUACACCCUUUUCUUCGUUGCCUUGGUCUUCAUAUUGUUCCUGCUGGGCUUCUUCAUGCCAUCCCCCGGGGACUCGUCCAAGGCACACUGGGACUUGGACUACUUCAAGGACCUGAUUGCUCGGAACCAUGCAGAAAAGGCGCUCACCUUCGCCCUGGGUCUGUUGAUCACGUUGGGAACCCUGCUGUACGUCCUGUACACGGGGUCGGGCCUGGCGCUCAUGCCCAUUGCCUUUAUCAAGUCCGCACCGUCCGUGUCGGCGCCUCAGCUCUCGGCAACCACAGCCUCGCAGUUGGAGCAGAACCGAGAGAGGCAGCGCCAGCUGGAAAUGCGCAACUCGGGCCGCCAAGAGGGCAUGUCCCGCAAGGACCGUCGCGAGCUAGAUGCGCUCGUUAGGGAAGAGCAGACGCUGGUGCGUCGCGAACGUCUCGCCGCCGAGGCACAAGGCGAGGGCAGGAGCAGAGUAUAUCAAGCUUGGCUCCGGCUCUGCGCCCUGUUGAGGCCGCUCAAGAUGCUCUGCGGCAUCCUCCUCCUGGCCGUGUCCGUCCUGAUCUGGGUGUCCAUGCUCAUCACGGGCAUCGACAAGGCCAAAAACUCGGUUUGCAAGCAGCGGUGCGGCUACAUCCUCGGCAGCAUCCACAUCUUCCAGCCCCUCAACUGGGUCUUUGUCACGCUCGCCCGUGUCUUCCCCAUCGACUACGUCCUCAUGGCGCUGUUGGUCCUUUUCCUCUUCAGCGGCACCAUCUCCGGCAUCGCCACCGUCGGCAUCCGCUUCCUUUGGGUCCGCAUCUUCCAAAUCCGCCGUGGCAGGACGGCCCCUCAGGCGCUGCUCAUCGCGACCGUCAUGCUCACGCUCGCCGUCCUCGCCAUCGACUACGCCAUCACCAUGUUCGUCGCGCCGCAGUACUCCAUCUAUGGCACGCAGACGUUCUGCUCCAACAAGCCCGAGUAUCCGGGCGCACAGCCCUCUUGCAAAAACGAACCGGAUCUUGUGCGUCCUUGCUCGGAGCAGCUCGACUUCAAGCACGCCAAGGAUAUUUGCACGCCGUCGGUAAUGUCUACGUUCCUGAACCGCAUCACCAUUACGUGGCCAUUCUUUGGAAUCAUCGACUUUUGGGCCCAAUUCGUCUUUUUGGCCGUAUUCUUGGUCGUUUUCGCCACAGCCCUUGUGCGCAGCCCGAGAGUAGACAUCACCGAGUUAGAUGAAGAUGCUGAAGAUGACGAAGAAGAAGGCCUGUUGGCUGCUACGGGGAGGCGCUUCAACGCUACGUGGGAGGAUGUGCGCCGGAGUCCAGCAUAUGGAUCGACUCGGAACGACAGGAGUGGCAACGCAAGGGCCUAA